GGGCUGUGCGGUGGGCUAGGGAUAUUCUGCGCCGAAUUCUACUAUUCUAACUUUUAUGAGUUGCUGAUGUUGGUAAUGUGGCAAAAAUGUAUGGUUUUGUCAAUCACGCAAUAGAGUUACUGGUGAUCAGGAACUUUGGACAAGAAACGUGGGAGAAAAUCAAAGCACAAGCAGGGAUCGACGUUGAAGGAAGAUUUCUGGCAAGGGUGCUUUAUGACGACAGCGUUUCAUACGACUUGGUUGGAGCUGCUUCCAACGUUCUUGAAGUCUCGGCGGAAAAAGUCCUGGAGCUUUUCGGAGCAUUUUUCUUCGAAUACUGCAAAGAAUCCGGCUAUGACAAGAUCCUGCAGAUUCUCGGCUCCACCAUGCACGAGUUCCUCCAGAAUCUUGACGCCCUCCAUGACCACCUGCAGACGAUCUAUCCAGGCAUGCGCGCACCAUCCUUCCGCUGUACAGAAGGAACGGAAGUGGGUUCCACCAUCUUGCAUUAUUAUUCGGAAAGACCAGGAUUGGAAUCGAUUGUGAUAGGCCUUGUGAAAACCAUUGCUGUGCAUCUUCACAAAACUGAAGUUGACGUGUCUAUCUUGCGUGGAAAAGAAACUGGGCAUGAUCAUGUUGAGUUUUUGAUAAAAGACAAGUGUUUUAAAGCAUCGGAUACUGAAUCCCUUGAUGACUUCGAUGACGCUUCAUCGAACGCUUCGAUACCUAUCAACCCAGUUACUUUCGCCAGCGCUUUUCCUUUCCACUUCCUGUUCAAUGAGGAUUUGACCAUCGUUCAGGCAGGGAACUCCAUUCAAAGAGUUAUACCAUCAUUGGAAUCGGGCCACGUAAAAGUAAUCGAACUUUUCAGGAUGCAGCGUCCUCAAAUGAAAUUAAACUUCGUAAACAUCCUUGCCCACAUCAAUACCGUGUUUGUCCUGCAGUCGAAAGAAGGCGCAACGUGUGUGACAGCAGAUGAUCCGCCUGGAAACGCAGAAGAUAUUUCACUGAGGUUGAAAGGACAAAUGACGCUGAUUAUGGAAUCCGGUUGCAUUUUAUUCCUGUGUUCCCCAAGCAUUGCUAACAUCGACGAUCUGUACAGACGGGGGUUGUUUCUAAGUGACAUCCCGCUACACGACGCCACGCGAGACCUCGUCUUACUCUCGGAGCAGUUUGAGGAGGAGUACAUGCUGACGCAAAGCUUGGAGAUACUGACGGACGAAUAUCAGCAGACCUACAACGCCAUCGAGUCUGAGAAACAGAAGACAGAUAGGUUGAUGUUCUCGGUAUUGCCACCUACAGUCGCCGACUCGCUCCGCCACCACCGGGACGUCCCAGCCCAACGGUAUGACGGCGUAACCGUCAUGUUCAGCGGCAUUACGGGUUUUAGCGAGUUCUGUGCAAUACAUUCGGACUCGCGUGGAGCCAUGAAGAUAGUAGAGCUCCUGAAUUCCGUCUAUACCAAGUUUGAUGAGUUACUGGACCCCAAGAUCCAUCCGAACAUUUACAAGGUGGAGACCGUUGGAGAUAAAUACAUGGUUGCGAGCGGCCUUCCUGAAACAUGCCAAGACCACGCGCGAUGCAUCGCCAGAUUCGCCCUGGACCUCAUUGACGUCUCCAGGACACUGACAAACCAUCACCAGCGAAGUAUCACAAUCACGAUAGGCAUGCACUCCGGCGAAGUGGUGGCGGGGGUGAUUGGGAAGAGGAUGCCGCGGUACUGUCUGUUCGGGAAUACGGUCAAUCUUACCAGUAGGACGGAGACAACAGGGCUGAAGGGACAGAUCAACGUCUCGAAGGAUACUUAUAAGUGCCUGAUGAAGAAAGUAUCUUUCGACGCCAGGUUUAAGUUGGAUUACCGUGGUGAAGUUGUGAUGAAAGGGCGAGCGAAACCGAUGAAAGUGUGGAUACUCUCUCGCCAGGAACAACUCGCUCCUCAAAGAACCAAACGGCUCGACGCGUGCCUUUUAAGUUAAAUGGACGGUCUAACCAGUGACAUCGACAAAUAGAAAGUGAGGUGCUGGUAACCUAUUUAGUAGCACCAAGCUCGCCUCACAUAUUCAUGGUAGCACGAACCUCAAUUACUGAGUAGCUAGAGUUAACAAGCAGUUGAAGACGAAAGGUUGACCAACACACAAGUUCACUUCGUCGUUGAAUGCGACCCUUUUCGUUUCCUCACCACCCAUUCAACUCAAUCCCCUCAACUCUAUGUCGAUCUUUACAUCAAGUGUCCUGUAUGCAUUGGUUUCGAUGGAAAUUACAAUGUACCGUACUUGGUACAGCUUCUACAAGCUUCUUCAAAUCUGAAUCCCGAGAUCCGGAUUGAACAAACUGUUGUUGUGAA